AUGACAGAGCACGCGCUUCCAUGCCUCUAUUUGAAUAUGACCGGCGAGAUGAUGUACAUUCUCGAACAGCGUUUGAGAAUCCAGAAGGAGAAUCUCGAGAAUCGCGAGAAGACAACCAAAGUGCUCAAGGAGAUCGUGCUCGCGAUUCUCGCGCGGCCAACUCUCGAAGAAGUGUUUCGCGCCAAAGGACUCCCGUCGCGAAAAAGCUUGAAAAUGCUCUACGAGAAAUUGGCGCACGUCAGCAUUAUGCGGCUCAAUGAGAACAGCAUGGACAAAUUGUUCGAUUUGAUCACCAUGUCGACGAAAUUCGCGUUUCAGCAAAUCACGAUGGCCGAACAGCUGAUGACUGUCACCGUCAAUCAUUUGCAAGGAAUGCAGGAUAUCGUCGCCGGCGAUGUCGAGGUCCGCGACGCCGUCGAGCACGCGUUCACAAUGACAUUCUCACUCUACCGCAGUCUGAGCCCACACAAUUGGCACAUGUUGCGAUGUGCGCUUUUGUGUUGGUUUCAAGAGACGCGCGUGAAAAUCUCGAUGCUUCUACGCGAGAAGCGCCAAUCGAAGACCGGCAACUUCUAUUUGUUCAUCGACGGCGAGCCGGUUCAAUUGCCGAAAGACGGCGAGCCGGUUGGAACGACGCGCUACUUCGACAACGGCCUCGUCUCCGAACAAUCAACAUUCCCAACGUAUUAUGAAUAUAAGGAGUUCGAGGAUAUGCCCGACACUUUAAACGUCGCAAAACGCUCGACAACACUGGGAACGAAUGUCUACAAAAACGCCGAAUCAUUGAGAAUUCACGGCGGCGGCGGAACGGCGACCGAGCAAUUCCGCGAGGGCAACGAAAUGGAAUUCAUGGCGUCGAUCAUGUCGUCGACGAAAACUCUCGAUUUGGGAGAAAACGAUCUAAUGGGCAUGAGCCUAUUCGACAAUGAGAACGAGGAGAACACCUACGUCAAACAGACCGAAGAGAUGAACGUGAUGAGAAUCGACGCGGCCGCCAAAAAGAAAUCGCUGAGCACCACUGUCGACGAGAAAAUCGGCCGACCCAAAACGGCGGAGAAGCCGAAAAAAAGCAAAGGCGCCGCAAUGUUGGACCUUUUCGACGAGGCCGCCGCUCGGCCGCCAACGGCGAAGCCCAAAAAGCGCAGCGAGUCGUCGUCGGCGACGACGACGACAACACGCGCGCGUUCUCGUUCCGGCUCGCGUCCGGAAUCGCGUGCGCCCAGCGCCGGACCACGACGAGCCGGUUCGGCGAAAAAGAAGAGCGCAUAA